UGAACUGAUAUGUAAACAGGCCAGGGGUCAUCAGAGGUUGAAGUAGUCAGAAACUCGUCAUUUGUCGUCCGGAAAAGAAGGUUUAAGAGUUUUCCGAGUGUUUUUUUCCUCAAAAACUGUUCGCACUAGAGUAUAAGAAGUUCUCAAGACGUUACUGAGUUGCUGUAAGAUGAAGCUAGGCGGCGAGGAGACGUCGGCGAUUCCGCUGGUCGCGGUGAUGAUGGUCAGUCUUGUAUCGCGACCGUCUCUGGCGUCGUCUUACGGUGGGGAACGUGUGUUGUUAGAAGAUGUGAAGGUGUUGACACUUUACAAUGGCCGGAUGACAAACUCGAGAAGAGCAGGACCAGUACCGCAGCUGAAAUGUGUGGGGGGUUCAGCAGGAUGUAGCAGCUUCGUGCCACAGGUGGUACAGUGUACCAACCAGGGGUCAGACGGAUAUGACAUACAGUGGGAGUGUAAGACAGACAUGGACAAUGCUUACAGGUUUGGGUACGUGGAGGUGUCCUGUGAGGGUUAUGACUAUCCUGAUGACCCCUACAUCCUCAGAGGCUCUUGUGGGCUGGAGUAUACUUUGGACUUCACCAAGGAAGGCUAUGAGAAACAGAACUCUGGAGGUGCUGGGUAUAGUCAUGACUACUACGGGGACGAGACCUCACACUACGGCUCCUACGGGGCUGGGCAGGGUUACCAUGGUUACAAGAAGACCUCCUGGUUUGGAGACCUGGUGUUCCUGGGGAUUGUGGCACUGGUCGGAUAUGCGAUAUAUCAGACCUGCAUAGCAUCACCACAUGAGGGAACCCCCUACCCUGACAGCGGGACUGGAUCAACCUACAGACCAGGGGGGCCCAGUGCCCCUCCCCCUCCUGGUUUCAGACAAGACUACAUGCCAGGUUCGAGUGGUUGUUCCUCGUCGUACGACAGUGGCUACACCGGUACUGGGACGUCCCACUCCCGGACUCAGCACACACAGCAGGGUACAGGGGGCGGCUUUGGGGGGUUCUGGGGCGGGGCAGCUACAGGGGGCCUUCUGGGAUACCUGUUCGGAAGUGGAAAUCGUGGAUAUGGCGGAUACGGUGGAUAUGGCGGAUACAACCACUACCCGCGGCACACGGCGUGGGGACCGCGCCGCACCGGUUGGUCCAGCUGGUUCGGACCGUCUACCGGCAGCUACAGGUCUACCGGCGGGUUCGGCGGAGGGGCGUUUGGCGGCGGCCGUGCUUCGUUUGGCGGUGGAAGUUCUGGUACCAGAACAGCAUCCGACAGUCUGAAACCCCCAUUCUUGCUUGGGGUCAGCUACAAGAUGGUUGUUCUACACGCGAAGACCGUGUUGCAUGCAGCGGUGGUUCUAUGCCUUGUACGGCGAGGUAUCGGAUGUAACUCGGGCGGAGGCGUGUCAGAAACAGAUGUUAACUACAACUGUCAGACGAACCCGUGUGUGAAUGGCGGGAUCUGCCAGGACUCCCCAACACAGUACACCUGCAUCUGUAACCAUGGUUACACCGGGGACACCUGUCAGCGAGCCGCCAGUACCGACAGCGGCCACUGUGGUUCCCCGGCCAUCAUGCCGAUGUUCCGGGGCGCGGAGAGCCGCACGGCGCUCGGCUGGGUGUCGGACGCCGAGGCCGUGGUGGGAGGCGAGCCGGCGUCUCCCGGCUCCUGGCCCUGGCAGGUGUCUCUCCAGCUUCGCGGGGGGCAUGUCUGCGGGGGGUCCAUCAUCUCCAACCGCUGGGUGGUGUCCGCGGCACACUGCUUCGCAGACUACCCUAACGCGGGAGACUGGAAGGCGGUGGUCGGGAACCAUGAGCUGAACACCUGGUUUUCAGGCUCAGGGGAGCAGACUAGGAACAUCAGGAGGAUCAUCGUACACAAACAAUACAACGUGGGCAUCAGACAUGAUUAUGACAUCGCCCUGCUGGAGUUGAGCAGCGCGGUGGUGUUGAGUACCCGGGUCAAACCGGUCUGUCUGCCAGAGGCCGGCCAGGAAGUGUCGGACGGGACCGACUGUGUCGUCACCGGCUUCGGCUACACACGAGAAGGAUCAGGAGCAAUAUCGGACACUCUACAGCAGGCCAAAGUCCCGACGGUGGCGCCCAGCACCUGUGCCAGCCAGAUGCGUCCCGCCACUAUCACUGCCAGAAUGAUGUGUGCUGGGUAUAACGAAGGAGGUGUAGACGCCUGUCAGGGUGACUCUGGCGGACCGCUGGUGUGUGAAGUAGAGGGUCGGUACGUGUUGAUAGGCGUGGUGAGCUGGGGGUACGGGUGCGCACGCGCCAACACUCCCGGAAUCUACGCUAAGGUGUCCGAAUUUUCCGGCUGGAUCAAAGACAAAAUACACGAGGUGCAAUAAGUACUGUUGUCGCUGUGUUUUACAUGAAUACAACCAUAACGUUUGGUAUGAUAGGAUAAUACAAGGUCCUAGUAUCAGGAAUAUAGCUGGGUACCGGAUGUGCUUUAUCAAACUGUGCGGUUUUUAACGUGUGUAAUAAAUUUAAAGAAUUGAUCUUACACUAAGGAACUUCGCCUACAAGCAUAGAGCUAGUAAUAAACUGGUGGCUUGAUACAACUCUGAAAAGUAAGUUACUCAGGAUUACAUGUACAAUACUGAUUUGUUAUGUAAUAAGUUAGGUUAUUGUUUUUAUGUAUCUAUUAACAUUAUGUAAAUGAAAAGAAAGGCCGAUAGAUAAUCCUACAAACCGAUCUUUUUUCAUGCGAUUCUAAAAAAAAUGUAUGACCACAGAAUAUCAUCGACUAAAUUGGUCUUAGGUUAGAGUUGCCUUCUGUACUACUUUAUGUAUAGUGAAAUUGCAUUGAAGGUGGAAUAAAUGAUUUAAAAAUA